AUGGCCCCCGUCCUUCCAGAUUCGUCCCGGCUCAGACGAUCAUUUCUCCUGUCGAACGGAGCGUGGCGCCUGCUCCCUAACAGCCGAGAGUUCCGCCCGCCCGCCCGCCACGCUGCCGACCCCGAGCCCCCCUUAUCUGCUCUGUGUCAGAGGAGCCACGGUGCAUACGUUCCUGCAGCAGUCCUCUCAUGCCAGCCGGGGGAGGCUAUCGGAGCGGUUAUCGGGGAGGCUAUCGGGGAGGCUAUCGGGGAGGCUAUCGGGGAGGCUAUCGGGGAGGCUAUCGGGGAGGUUAUCGGGGAGGCUAUCGGGGAGGCUAUCGGGGAGGUUAUCGGGGAGGCUAUCGGGGAGGUUAUCGGGCUGGUUUCCAAGGGCGGUUAUGGGGGCGGUUUUCUGAGAGGUUUUUGGGGAACGUAUCCGGCGAGGUUAUUGGAGGCGGAUAUAGAGGGAGGUGCCCCGGGCCCCCCCGGUGAUCCUUUCAUCUCUCGCUACGGCUCGGCCCUGACCAUCCACUGGGCCAGCGGAGACCCCGGGCGCUCCCCCAUCACGCGCUACGUCAUCGAGGCCAGACCCUCAGAUGAGGGCUUGUGGGAUAUCUUGAUCAAAGACAUCCCCAAGGAAGUGACAUCAUACACGUUCAACAUGGACAUCCUGAAGCAAGGCGUCAGCUACGACUUCCGGGUCAUAGGGGUCAACGACUACGGCUACGGCACUCCCAGUUCUCCCUCUCCCUCCAUCUCUGCCCAGAAGGUGGCGCCGUUCUACGAGGAGUGGUGGUUCCUGGUGGUGGUGGCCCUGGUGGGCCUCAUCUUCAUCCUCCUCCUGGUCUUCAUCCUCAUCAUCCGAGGCCAGAGCAAGAAGUACUCCAAGAAGUCGGACUCAGGGAACAACUCCAACUGCAACGCCCUCACGCACGGAGACAUGGUCAGCCUGGAUGAGGGACGCUUCCCCGCGCUGGAGCUCAACAACCGACGGCUGUCCGUCAAAAACUCCUUCUGCCGCAAGAACGGCGUGUAUACCAGAUCUCCUCCCAGGCCCAGCCCUGGCAGCCUGCACUACUCGGACGAGGACGUGAGCACCAAGUACAACGACCUCAUCCCCGCCGAGAGCAGCAGUCUGACGGAGAAGCCCUCGGAGAUCUCCGACUCACAGGAGGCGCUCGUGUUCUCGUACGGGACUGGCGGUCUGCGCGUGCUCCCGCUGCACUGGGGCAGCGACAGCGAGUACGAGGUGGACCAGAACCGCCAGAAGACCCACUCCUUCGUCAACCACUACAUCAGCGACCCCACCUACUACAACUCGUGGCGCCGCCAGCAGAAGGGCAUCUCCCGGGCGCAGGCCUACAGCUACACCGAGUCCGAGUCGGGCGACCCGGAGCACUGCGCCCCCCCGCCCCUGCCCCCCCUGCCCCCCCAGCUCAGCUCCCCCAGCCCCCAGCCGCAGGUGCAGGCCCCUCCCCAGGGCCAGGGCAGCCUGUUCAGACCCAAGGGCAGCCGGACUCCCACCCCGUCUCAGCAGAGCUCCAACCCCCCCAGCCAGCACAGCACCCUCUACCGGCCCCCCAGCAGCCUGGCGCCCGGCUCCAGGGCCCCCAUCGCCGGCUUUUCCUCUUUCGUCUGACGCCAAGAGGGGACUUCUGCUCGGGUGACCCACCCCCCAAACAUGUGUCAACAGAGAAUACUGCAGUGCUUACAACAACAGGCCCGUUCAACAGUUUGUGCAUUAUUUUCGUCAUGAAAGGUGUUUUCAUUACAUUACUAAAUGUGUCCUUUUUUUUUUUUUUUUUUUUACAAAAUGGGUUCAAAGAUUAUUCUGUAUACAGGGCACAAAAGCAACAAAAUACUUUGGUGUGGUACUUUUUUCCUAUUGUGUGCGUGUGCCAGCCUAAAUUUGGUUUCCUUUCUCCUUAACUGAGGGGGCGCUUGUGAGAUGGUGACAGCAUAUAUUUGCUUUCCUGUUCGUUUUGCCGCUUGAGCAACUUGCAUGAGUUUUUCUUUUCUUUUGUUAUCGUUUAUUUUCUCCGUUUUUUUUGUUGAUACUGUAUACUUCUUCAUACACAAGGAAAAAAAAAAGAGAAUAAUAUUUUAGGUUCUGUAAAAAGUCACCAGAUUAUAUGGAAAAAAAAAUAUUGAAGAGUUAGACGUUUGGACCCAUGUCUGGAUAAAAAACAUUGAUGAACGACAACACUCUGAUGGUUCAUGUGCUGGACAAUCGUUGAAAGGAUAUAUAUGAUAUACUACAAAGAGAUGAAUCGAUUGGUAGGAAGACUAAUUAAUGAAUGUCAGACAUGAGGAUGAACAUUUUGAGGCCAGUGUCGCCAUAUGUAGACGCGUGGACCUAUGUUGUCGGGAAGAAGGACCAAGAGCUGUGUUCGCACUCUCACCUUUGACCCUUGGGCCUUGACCCUUAGAACGGGGAGCACACGCACGUCAGGGCUCGUCCAAUCCCAAGGCCGCAGCGUACGGGCCUGCAGCGCCCCCCCGGAAUAGGAGAUGUACUGUGUCGACGUGAACAUAUCGGUGCCAGCUUUCUCAGAAAGCCACUCGCGGAAUCUGAGAGGCCUUAUCGAGUCUAGUGUAUAUCCACGACCUCUGACCCGAUGUGCUGCCGGACACGGACGAGACCCGGGUUCUCCCUCCGCCUGUGGGAGAACCCUCCCGGGCCGGACAGCCGUCAGCCGGCCGCCCCUCAGCACAGCCCACCUUUUAUAGUUUGACCCUGUGAUGUCAUGAGACACACACGCGCGUCCCUCCCCCGCCGCAUCACGGAGCUGAAGAGAGGUCCAACCUCAGUUGGAUAUUUCAGUAGCGAACAAGACCCCUCCCCCCCACCCCAGCCCCGCCCCUCUGCGGAAACUCCUUCUAAGACUCCAUGGGGUGGCUUCGGACCAGGCAGAGGUAUCAUUGCUUCUCUGCCGGAGCUGUUACCUGGACCGGGGGGGGGGGAUCUCGCUUCAAUGAUAUAAUCAGCUUUGUGCCGUCGCCGAGAGAUGAUGUCACAGGACUGCCUCGCCUCGCCCGUCGUGUUAUCAGUAUUAGUGGAAAGACACAACGCAGGUGUGACUGUGUGUCAGUUCCCCAAAUAUGAGACUAUCGUGUGUGUGUAUCUGUAUGUGUGUGUGUGUGUGAUUACACUUCUUCUGUGUAAGCUUUACAAAGCAUUCACUGUGUCUGGAUACAAAGAGACUGGCAGCUGGUGCACACCUGGCCCAGGACGGGGUCGUCUCUGCCCUUCUGCCCACGCAAAGGGCAACACGUAGUACAGAGUCAGUGGUGUUUCAUAGUUCUAAAAUGACCAUCUGCUUUUUUCUCUGUGGGGUGAAUUCACUGUACGCAAAACCUAUCAUGCUGAAUAUGAAUGGAUAUGAUCACGGUAUAUUUCCAAAAUAAAUUAUUUUUCAAUGGG